UUUCAGUUCUUCCGAAAUCAAACAUACGAAAUUUCACACAACAUUUUUGAAUGUUUCUCCAUUGCCGAAUAAUUCUCAAGUCAACGCGCCCACACCAGCAAUGUCCCAAUUUUCUAUGUCCAAACCAAAUUGCACAGCGUUUCUUCAUUCAAUUCUGACUUCUCAAAACCCCAUUAUUGAGUUUGUUGAGAUUACAUAUUCUUAUCCUCUCUCCAUUCCAACAAUCUAAGCUCAACACAGUACACACCCAAAUGAUGAAUAAUUUACAUUGGAUCUGUUUCUUGGCUGCCCUGAUUUCUGGGUCCUUAUUGAUCCAAGCCCAGCAGCCAUAUAUCCGCAAGGACACAGGCUGUAUUGGUAGCUUAGAUAAUUCCAAUUCCACUUCCGCCUUUGGAUACCACUGCAAUGGCGUUAACCGGACCUGCCAGUCCUACCUGAGCUUCUUGUCUCAGCCGCCGUACGAUUCCGUCGCCGCAAUCUCCGCCCUUCUCGGAGCCGACCCGGUAAAGCUCUCAGAACUCAAUUUAGUGUCUCAAAACGCAACCUUUGCGACAAACAAGGUGGUUCUUGUCCCUGUCACUUGCUCCUGUUCUGGCCAGUUUUAUCAGGUCAAUGGAUCGUAUGUUCUUAGGGCAGGGGAUACUUAUACGUCGAUUGAAAUUAGCCCUUUAGAAGGCUUGUCUACUUGCCGGGCUCUCCGAUCUGAGAACAGUAAUUUCCCCGAAACUAAUUUGGUUCCUGGUUUGAGAAUCACUGUUCCUACGAGGUGUGCUUGUCCGACCAAGAAUCAGAGCGAUAAUGGAGCUAAGUACUUGUUGAGUUACGUGAUUCAAUUGGGAGAUAAUGUUGACUCAAUCAGUACAAAAUUUGGGGCGGAUACUGAGAAAACCCUAGCCGCUAAUGGGCUAUCUUUUCAGGAUGCAGAUAUAUACCCAAACACUACCCUUCUUGUUCCACUUCAAUCCCAGCCGUCUAUUUCCCAGGUUGCAGGUCAAUCUCCGCCGCCGUCUCCGCCGCCACCGCCGCCGCAAGAUGUGGGUAAAAGCUCAAGCAAGACGUGGAAAUAUGUUGUGGCGGGUGUUCUUGGAGGGCUUGGUUGUUUGGGGAUUGUAGGAGGGGUUGUUUUCUUGCUUUGUAUCCGCAAAAGGGAGAAGAAAGGUGAGCCGGAGAUUGUGACCAAGAGUUUUGAGGCAACUGAGAAGACAUUGAAGAAGAAAUUGGAUGAGGAAAUGGGGAUGUCCUAUGGGAGUGUAUCUGAUUUGGUGCAAUCUGUGAAGAUGUACACUUUUGAAGAGAUUAAAUCCGCGACGGAGAAUUUUAGCCCCGGUUGUUUGAUCCGGGGAUCGGUUUAUCGUGGCACGAUUAAUGGGGAUUUUGCAGCAAUCAAGAAAAUGAAUGGGGAUGUGUCCAAGGAGAUUAAUCUGUUGAGCAAAAUCAACCAUUUUAACCUCAUUAGCCUCUCUGGGAUUUGCUUUAAUGAUGGUGACUGGUAUCUUGUGUUUGAGUAUGCUGAAAAUGGGGCAUUGAGUGAUGCCAUCCACCGGGGCGAAAAUGAUGAUUCGACGAAGCCUUUGACAUGGGCACAGAGGGUACAAAUCGGGUUGGAUGUAGCCACAGGGCUUAAUUACCUGCACAGCUACACUUCCCCUCCCCAUGUACACAAGGACUUAAAGAGCAGCAACGUUCUCCUCGACAGCAACUCAAGAGCGAAGAUCACAAACUUCGGCCUCUCGAGGUCUGCAGAUGCACAAGAAGGCGAGUUCGCCUUGACAAGGCACAUAGUCGGGACGAAAGGCUACAUGGCUCCCGAGUAUCUGGAGCACGGUCUGGUUUCCCCGAAGCUAGACGUGUAUGCUUUCGGGGUCCUCACGCUCGAGAUACUCACCGGGAAGGACAUUGCCGAGCUGCAAGAACGCGAAAACAUUCGCCUCUCGGAACUCCUCCUCCCCGUGCUCGACGAGGAAACUGGAAAACCGCACUUGGCCAGUUUCCUGGAUCCCAGUCUGCAAGGGAGGUAUCCUGCAGAUGUUGCUGUGUCGUUGGUGAGAUUAAUCGAUAGUUGCAUCAAGAAAGACGCUUCGAGUCGCCCCAACAUGGAUGAAAUUGUUAGGCAUUUCUCCAUAGCCAUGACCACCACAUCCUCUUGGGAGCUUUCCUCAAGCACCUAGUAUUAUUCAUACUUAUUUUUCAUGUAAGAUUAUAGUGAGUGAGUACUGUUGAAGUAAAUAAUCAUUCUGGAUGAUAUUCUUAGACAAUCCUAUGAAUCAUGGGGUGCUGAUGAUGAUCAUAAGGAUGCUGAUUUUGAUUGUGUAAUUAAUCUCUAUGAUUAUGCUAAUUGAUUAUGUAAUGUUAUAGUGAUUGUCUAUAUAUACUUUCUUCCCCAAAAACUAUAAGAAAUUCUUGAUUUAGUAUUA